AUGGAGUGCGAUCGAUGGUGCCUUUUCGAGAUGCUGUUUGUGUCGGCGAUUUGGGGCACAACGAAUCCGUUUAUGAGAAUCGGUGCCAAGUACGGCUCGAGUGCCGGAAACGAGACGGGAUUUCUCCAAAAAUCAUUGUCAACGGUGGCGAAUUGGCGCUUUUUCCUUCCAUUUCUCGUCAAUCAAUUUGGCUCGAUCUCUUUCACCUUUCUCGUGGCUCGUUUGCCCGUCUCGAUUGUGGUGCCCACCGUCAACUCAUUGCAAUUCGUUUUCGCGGCACUUGCAGGGCAAUUCCUCGGUGAGCGCCUUUCUCAGCGCGGCUUUUUCGGGUGUUUUCUAAUUCUCAUCGGCGUCAUCCUAAUGCUUUUCACUGAGCUUCAAAAAUCAUCU